AUGUUGAAAUGGUGCCGUCACUUGAAGGAACAAGGAGACGACAACAGCGCAGUGGAGAAUCACAAUAAGAAUUCUGAGGAAGAUUUGAUGUUAUCACUAAAUCAUAAAGUAAAAGAAGAUAUCAUCCAACGCUCUUCAGGGGAAAACCUUAAUAUACAUUUGGGACUUCACAGUACAGAGCUGUCAUAUAAUGCACUUAAUUAUGAGGAAACUUUUCCUGACCAAUCACAGAUUGUUACCAGAAGUACAGGUCAGAAAGGGGGUGAAAGGUUUCAAAGUGGUAAAGAGUUCCCAAAAGAAACACAACUUUCUACACACAGAACAAUUCAAACAGGAAAAAAGUCAUACUCAUGUUCAGAAUGUGGAAAAUGCUUUAAAUAUAAAUCAACUCUUGUUACGCAUGAGAGAAUUCACAUAGGAGAGAAGCCAUAUUCAUGUUUGGAAUGUGGGAAAUGUUUUACACAGAAAGCAGAUGUUUUUACACAUCAGAGAAUUCACACUGGAGAGAAACCAUAUUCAUGUUCAGAAUGUGGGAAGUGUUUUACACAGAAAUCAAAUCUUCUUACACAUAAGAGAAUUCACACAGGAGAAAAACCGUAUUCAUGUUCAGAAUGUGGAAAAUGUUAUACACAUAAAUCAACUCUUGUUACACAUGAGAGAAGUCACACAGGAGAAAAGCCAUAUCAUUGUUCAGAAUGUGGGAAAUGUUUUUCAGUUAAGUCAGCACUUGUUAAACAUGAAAGAUUUCACACAGGAGAGAAACCAUAUUCAUGUUUGAAAUGUGGGAAAUAUUUUACCAAAAAAUCAUAUCUUGUUACACAUGAGAGAAUUCACACAGGAGAGAAGCCAUAUUCAUGUUCAGAAUGUGGGAAAUGUUUUACACACAAAUCAAGUCUUGUUACUCAUGAGAAAAUUCACACAGGAGAGAAACCAUAUUCAUGUUCACAUUGUGGGAGAUGUUUUACAGAUAAAACCCAUCUUCUUAGACAUGAGAAAAGUCACACAGGAGAGAAGUCAUUUUGAUGUUUUAUAUGUGGAAUUUUUUUUCUAAGGAAACCAAAUUCUAAAACUCCAACAGAUCGCACAAUGGUCGGAGGUACUAUCUAAGGGUCCAGUGCUAUCAUUGUGUGAGACACACAGAAUAUGAGUUACAUCUGCUGCAUAGUGUGUACAGGACACCAGUGUUCCUUCAUAGGUUGGGUAUACGAAACACAUUUAAUUGCCCUAAUUGUGAUAUACCAGAAGCACAUAUACUCCAUAUGUUUUGGGAAUGUUCUGCCUUGGGCCCUUUCUGGCGAGCAAUAUUAAAUAUUAUUUUUGAGGUCUAUAAAAUUAGACUUCUAGCUGAACCGUUAACAUGUGUAUUGGGCUUAUUACAAGAUGAUUCCACAGAGGCUAUUAGUAUUGGUAUAGGUAGAUCAUUAUAUCAGGCUAGGAAGCUGAUAGCAAAAUAUUGGAUAAGUACUAAUGUCCCAACCAAAGAGGAAUUCAUUGCUAGUAUGAACGAGAUAAUUGGUUUAGAGAGGGGAUUCUAUUAUAAAAGAGGUACUAUUAAAAAGUUUGAGUCUAUCUGGGGACCAUGGCUGGGGAUGCCAGGAUUGUCCUCUAGACGCCUGCUAACCAUGCAAAUGGGAUGAUAUUGCCAGGUAAUAUAAAAACGGAAAUGAUAUAGGUCUGUUAGGAUGUGAGAUACAUCAGGAAUGAGGAUUAUAACAUCACAAACCGAAAAGGAAGAGAGAAAUAAAGUUAAUUCAGCAUGGCACGGUUCAGGGUAGGGAGGGGGGAUGGGGUUAUACAAUUGUAUAUGUUUAGUCUUUGACUACUGUUAUACCCAAAUUGGGUUUAUUUAUGUUUAUACAUGUGUUUAU